CCGUUGUGUCGUCGCUCAAAUUUGAAUGGUGAGGACGCAGUGGGUAUUUAAUUCCCUGUCAAGUACUCGUUGAACGCAUAUUCUUGGAAAUCGGCGUCAUGUCGCAGUUCUCAUUCUUCAAUGAAAUUAACAGUUGUGUGAGAAUGGAUGAUCCUAUCACAAAGGGUCCUGUACCUAGGUGGCAAAAGAAAAACUUGGACACUAGCAACAGGGGCAAGCCUAACACAUCUAGCAGUUCAACCUCCAAUAAGACACCAACAAGGCUUACAACAGAAAAUGGAAACAAAUCAAAGAAGACUCCCUCUAAAACACCAAAAAAGUCACCAGGGUCCAAAACACCAGGUGCAAAAACUCCGAGUGGGGGUGACAGGUUUAUACCAGUUCGAAGCCAGUCCUCAUUUGAAAUGGGUCAUUUUAAGAUAAAUCAGGAGCAAGAAAAUGAAGAACUGCUGAGUCCUUCCAAAAGAGAUAAACAACGCAUCAUGUCAGAAAACCUUCAUGGAGCAGAUAUUAACAAGACAAGAGUGCUUUGCUAUCAGAAUAAAGCACCAAAUGCUCCAGAGGGUCAUCAAAACUCCUUAAAGGUUGUCUACAGUCAUUCAAAAACUCCAGGCUCUGUAAAGAGCACAACACGUUACAUUCCGAUGACACCAGAUCGUAUACUUGAUGCACCUGACAUUAUGGAUGAUUACUAUCUUAAUCUGAUUGACUGGGGUGCACAUAACAUUUUGGCUGUUGCCUUGGGCAGUGGUGUGUACCUGUGGAAUGCUCACACUGGAGAAAUAGAGCAGCUUCUUGUUCUGGAAGGAAGUGAUUAUGUAUGUUCACUUUCAUGGAUUCAGGAAGGGGAGGUUUUGGCAGUAGCAACAAGCAAAGGAAUAACAGGACUUUGGGACUGUUCAGCUAUGAGACGUCUUCGUCUACUUGAUGGCCAUUCUGCUAGGGUUGGAGCUUUAUCCUGGAACUCGUACAUCCUUUCUUCAGGAUCCCGCAGUGGCCACAUAAUUCAUCAUGAUGUCCGGGUGAAAGAACAUAUUGUGGCCACAUUGGCAGGACAUACCCAAGAGGUUUGUGGUUUGAAAUGGUCGCCAGAUGGAAGGUAUCUUGCUAGUGGUGGUAAUGAUAAUCUACUGAAUAUCUGGCCUGCUACACCAGGUGGAGCACAUACUCAGACUACACCACUUUACACGCUGAGUCAACAUCAAGCAGCAGUCAAGGCACUUGCGUGGUGCCCAUGGCAGCCAAGUAUCCUUGCAAGUGGUGGUGGCACUGCAGAUCGCUGCAUAAGAUUCUGGAACUGCAGCAAUGGGAACUGCUUAAAAACAGUAGACACAAAAUCUCAAGUCUGUGCAUUGCUAUGGUCAACAAAUUACAGGGAAUUUAUAUCUGGUCAUGGAUAUGCUAACAACCAAUUAGUCAUAUGGAAGUACCCAUCGAUGAACAAGAUUGCAGAGCUCACUGGUCACACUGCAAGAGUUUUGCAUCUUGCCUUGUCUCCUGAUGGCAGUACUGUUCUGUCAGCUGGAGCAGAUGAAACAUUAAGGUUGUGGAAGUGCUUCACUCCAGACCCUGCAAAGAAGGCUGAACCAGUGGAAACAAAAAGUGUUCCUAAUAUGAUGCGUGGAAUUCGUUAAUUAUUGUCAUUGGCAUAUUACUAAAUCAAAAGACUGAUGUCGUAGUGAUUUGUGUAAUGUGAAGGUAUCAUGUAUGAUCUGCAUCUAAAAACCUAAUAGGAGCAAGUAUUCUUACGUACUAAGUACACAGUGAGAAAUGAAACAAUGCGUUCUGGGAAAGUAUUUCUUCCCUUUGCUGAUGCUUUCUCAGGAACUGUCUGUGUUUACUGCCACAGAAAAACACAACUGACCAUAUUGAUUUUACAAUAAUAUAAAACAAAUGUAUAUAAUUAGUGAUUAGAUGUCUUUAUAACAAUAUUUAUCCCACUAAGGACUGUAUACUCGUUUAUCACAUGUAAAAAAAAUUUCUGCAUGUUUAUGCUGUGAAUAUUAUUAGACUUUUUUAUUGUAAAAGUAAAUAUUUUCCAUAAAAAAGUAUUUUUUUUUAUAUAUAAAAACAAAGGCCUCACACGCACACGGUAAUGUUAACAUAUCAAGUUGCGCACUAGCACUUUAAACUGAAUUGUGUAAGAGAAUUUCCGUGUCACCAAACACUGAAGGUACACAUUAUCAGCUCAAAGCUAGUUUGGGGACCAGUGGUUUGCCAGGCAUGGUUCUAUUGGAGCUAGUGUGCUACUGAUUCCUUCUACUUGUCCAGCCAGUUACAGGGCCUAUAGUUCAAGAAAGAUUCUGAACCAUGGGGCAACUCGUCACUUCCUCCACAUCUGGUAAUGUUUGUUAAUGUGAAAGAAGCUGACAUAAAAAUCAUGACUGAAUGGACAUUAAAUCUGCAACUUUGAUGCCAUAAUUUUGCUCUUUCAUCACUGAUCAAACAGUACCAUAUCAACCCAAAUGCAUUGUCAGUUCCCUUCCUACUCCAUAUGCAUUUAAAAGUAUUGUAAAAUACUCUCCGAUUAUCAUCUUUUCCAUACACUUGUACCAAUAUUGUGUUUGUUUCUAUUGCUAUUUUUCAGAAUUUGCCACACAACUUAAUUAGGUGCCCCCCCCCCCCCCCCCCCCCACACACACACACACACACUCACCACAGCAGAAGCAUAUGUUUCAGCGUAACCCUUUGUUUCCUGACGUAAGAAAAAAUUUACUUUUUAACAUUUUCUUUGCAGAAUUUAUGCUAUUGUGGCCUCAAAUGACAGUAGGAUUUUUUGUAAAAAUUUUAUUUUAUUUUUCACAACUUUUUUGUCUCCUGGUACUCAGAAGUACCAUUAGACCCCAUAGACAGAAUCACAACAUGCCUAGAAAAAUGCUCCAAUUUUUAUAACUUGUACUGUAUUCCACAUAAAUAUUUAAUAUUUUUACAUUAGUAAAUUAAUUAACAGAAAUAUAUUUCUGAAUUUUUUAAAA